AUGGCAGUUUCCCGCGGCAUUCGAAGGACCUCGCCGAUCACCUACGUCUUUGCGACUAUCCUCUGCAUCUUCUUCUUAUACUUCUUCUUUGGCGAUAGCGCGAACAUACCUAGCAUCGCCGCUGCGCCACGACAACUACUCAAGAGCAAAGAUGCCGCCUCGAACGAGCUAUCGCCGCCCUCACUACCCUUCCGAAAACCCGCAGUGCUGGGCCCCAACGAGAUCGCGCCGCCCCCGCCGGUAGUGCACUAUCAGAUGAACAAUGUCACCAUCACCGCCGAUCCCGUGGGCAACAGAGAAUCCGUCCUCAUACUGACACCACUGGCGAGAUUUUACCAGGAAUAUUGGGACAACCUAUGCAAGCUGUCCUAUCCACACGACCUUAUCUCAUUGGGCUUCAUCAUUCCGAAAGGCAAAGAGGGGAACCUGGCGACGCAGCAGCUGCAAGAGAGGAUGCAAAAGACGCAGGCACCCACAAACAAGAACAGAUUCGCCUCAAUCACGAUCCUGCGACAGGACAGUGAGCCGCCAGUGGAGCAAACGGAGAAAGAGAGACACGCAAUGGCAGCACAGAAGGAGCGUCGAGCUGCAAUGAGUAGGGCACGGAAUAGUCUGCUCUUCACAACUCUCGGACCUACUACAUCAUGGGUUCUCUGGCUCGACAGCGAUAUCAUUGAGACUCCACCAACCUUGAUUCAGGACUUGGCUUCCCAUGACAAACCAAUCAUCGUACCCAACUGCUUUCAGAGAUACUACAAUAAGGAUAAGGAAGCAAUGGACAUACGCGCGUAUGACUUCAAUAGCUGGCAAGAUUCGUCAACUGCACAGAGUCUGGCAGCCAAAAUGGGUCCAGAAGAGAUCCUGCUCGAGGGAUAUGCAGAGAUAGCGACCUAUCGGUCACUCAUGGCCUACAUGGCUGAGGAGAAAGGCGACCCACGGAAAGAGAUCGAGCUUGACGGUGUCGGCGGUACUGCGUUGCUAGUCAAGGCAGACGUACACAGAGACGGUGCCAUGUUCCCUCCCUUUCCAUUCUACCAUUUGAUUGAGACUGAAGGCUUCGCAAAAAUGGCUCAAAGGCUGAACUGGAAAGCAUAUGGGUUACCGAAUUACUUUGUGUACCACUACAAGUAA